UCGUAUUGGGUAACUGGAGAGAAAGAAACCAACCCCAAAAGCUUGCUUUCUCUCUCUUCCUGCGCCUCUGUGCUGUGAGCUUGUGAUGCAGAGGAAGAGGACCCAAGAGGGUUGGUGAUCGCGUGCAGGGAGCUAAAGAAUCCAUGGAUUUGUGGAGGACUUGCUGGGUGGUCUUUUUGUUGGGUGUGAUUUCACUGGUCUGUAGUGUGAGAGCGGGGGACAUAGUUCACGAAGAUGAUUUGGCUCCGAAAAAGCCCGGCUGUGCAAACGAUUUUGUUCUGGUAAAAGUUCAAACUUGGGUUAAUGGCAUAGAGGGCGCCGAAUUUGUUGGUGUGGGUGCUAGAUUUGGCACUACCAUUGUUUCGAAGGAGAAAAAUGCAAACCAACGACGUCUUAUUCUUUCAGACCCUCGUGAUUGUUGUAGUCCACCAAAGAAUAAGCUCUCUGGAAAUGUUGUAAUGGUGGAUCGAGGCCUCUGCAAAUUCACAGCCAAGGCAAAUGUUGCAGAAGCUGCUGGUGCUAAGGCUGUACUCAUUAUAAACAACCAAAAAGAACUUUACAAGAUGGUUUGUGAGCCAGAUGAAACUGAUCUAGAUAUACGCAUUCCCGCUGUCAUGCUCCCGCAAGAUGCUGGUGCAAGCCUGGAAAAAAUGCUGACGAAUAGUUCAUCAGUGUCUGUGCAGCUAUACUCUCCACGCCGACCAGUAGUUGACAUAGCAGAAGUAUUUUUAUGGUUGAUGGCGGUUGGUACCAUCUUGUGUGCAUCUUAUUGGUCCGCAUGGGGUGCUAGAGAAGCAGCUAUUGAACAGGACAAGCUACUAAAGGAUGCUGCAGACGAAAACCCAAGUACCAAAGCCAUCGGCACUAGUGGUGUUGUGGACAUCAACAUAACAUCUGCUGUCCUGUUUGUUGUUAUUGCUUCGUGCUUCUUGGUUAUACUAUACAAACUUAUGUCAUUCUGGUUCAUCGAGCUUUUGGUUGUUCUUUUCUGCAUUGGGGGUGUAGAGGGCUUGCAAACUUGCUUGGUUGCUUUAUUGUCAAGGUGGUUCAAACGCACAGGAGAAUCAUACAUUAAAGUACCUGUCUUUGGAGCUGUGUCAUACCUGACUUUGGCUGUUUCUCCAUUAUGCAUAGCAUUUGCUGUUGUUUGGGCAGUUUAUCGAAAUGUGUCCUUUGCCUGGAUAGGUCAAGAUAUACUUGGAAUUGCACUGAUAAUCACAGUUCUUCAAAUUGUCCAUGUACCCAAUCUCAAGGUGGGUACAGUUCUACUCAGUUGUGCCUUCUUGUAUGACAUCUUUUGGGUGUUUGUUUCUAAGAAGUUUUUCCAUGAAAGUGUGAUGAUUGUGGUGGCUCGUGGUGAUAAAAGUGGAGAGGAUGGAAUCCCAAUGCUGCUGAAGAUCCCACGCAUGUUUGAUCCUUGGCGUGGUUACAGCAUCAUAGGAUUUGGUGACAUCCUUUUACCUGGAUUGCUGAUAGCGUUCUCUCUUAGGUAUGAUUGGCUGGCAAAUAAGACUCUGCGAGCUGGAUACUUCUUGUGGGCAAUGUUUGCAUAUGGAUUAGGUCUUCUCAUUACAUAUGUGGCAUUAAACUUGAUGGAUGGGCAUGGGCAACCAGCACUGCUUUACAUCGUUCCAUUCACACUAGGCACCUUCCUAACAUUGGGGAGGAAGAGAGGUGAUCUGAAAGUCCUGUGGAGUAGGGGAGAACCAGAAAGACCCUGCCCACAUAUCCAACAACAACACUGUCAAGAAUCCAACGAAGAAAAAUAAGAUGAACUUGUAUCAUAUUGUAGUGUUUGUAACCUAUUGCUGAUCAUUAGGAAUCUGGUAAAUAACCCACCACCCUUAGCAUAUGAUAGAAAUGUUGUAUUUUUCUUGAUCUCCCUUCAAAAAAAAACACCAUGGGCUUAUGAUCAAUUAAGAAUAGUAAGCAUUUUAACAUUUUGAGGACUUUCACAUUUCUAUCUAUAUUGAAUGCUCCUCUUCUGCAA